AUGCGUCGUAAACUGGUCAUUUUGGCUCUCUUCGAAGUGCUGUUCACCUAUAACGUACGAUUAAACGAGGCGGUCGUCUUUAAGUUUACGAACGUCGCUUGUGACAGCUACAACACAUCCUGGUAUGUCUUCCACAACUGUCGCUUGAAAGCUGUGGGUCGAGACAAGGUUCUACUCAAUUUCAGUGGAACAAUUUUAAACCCAGCUUACGAUAUACGAGUGCACACUUUAAUUUUUAAGAAGGCUAAUGGCUACAGACCUUGGCUGGUCAACAAAAAGAUAGAAGUGUGUCGUUAUCUGAGGCAUCCCAACGAUCCUGUUGCAACUAUUGUCUACGGGCUAUUUAAGGACUUUUCAAAUUUAAACCACACAUGUCCUUACGUGGGUCAAACGAUUGUUAAGGACUUCUACCUAAGGCCCGAACUAGUACGUCUUCCCAUCCCCACUGGUGAUUACUUGCUGUCUUUGAGGUGGUAUUUCGAUAAGAAACUGCAAUUUGAUACAAACGUUAGUUAUACAUUUGUAGAAGAUUUUCUUAAACAGAAAUAA